AGGUAUAGGUAGCCAGAGAGAGCAGCAAUAAGUCGUUGAGCUCCAAGAUGGCAGUCGCUGCCACUACCACGCCGAGCACCACGCUCACCAUGAAACUACUCGUCGAUCCCAGCCCGCUGCGCUGGCGCGUGGUGUUCGCGGAGGCCGGCAAGGACACGGUCGACUUCCUCUUCUCCCUCCUCGCCUUGCCGGUCGGCACGGCCGUGAAGCUGCUGGGGAAGGACUCCGUACUCGGCUGCAUGGGGAACCUCUACAGCAGCGCCGAGAGGCUCGAGGACCCCUACGUUCAGCCCGGCAAGGCCAAGGACGCGAUCCUCUGCGCCGCCAUCGUGCCGCCCCCCGCGGCCGUGCGACCCAACAGCUGGGUCUUCCCCUUGCGGGCCCCGAAGUGGUUCUUCAACUGCGGCAAGAGCUACAAAAAAUCCAGAUGCGUCGUCUACGUGGCGGAGGUGAGUGGCACUCGUUGCCCCAACUGCGGCAACCAGAUGUCCACGGAGACCAAGCUUGUAGGAUCGCCAGAGCCAGUGGACGCGAAAGAACCGGUGAGGAAAGGGUUCGUGCAGGGCGGCAUGGUGGUGUACACGGUGACGGACGACCUUGUGAUCUCGCCCAUGUCGAACGUCUCCACCAUUGCGCUGCUCAACACCUGCGGGGUGAGGGAUCUCGGAACGCUCCAGGAGAGGACCGUGCAGAUUGGGUACAAUGAGGGUUUGGAGAUUCUCAGGGCGUCGCUACAGUCCAAUACUGUUCUCACUGAUGUUUUCCUUGGCAAUAAGCCUCCUUCGUCGAUGAAAAACGGCGGCAGCACCCCUCAGUUGAGCGGCACAAGACAUGACUCUGUCAGCUGGCAUGCGUGAGCCAGCCAGCCUUGAAGCGUGCGUGCGUACGUACGUGUAGCUUGACCUAUGUUGGGAGCGAGCUAGCUUGCAUCAGGUUGCAUUGUCGUGUAUUUAGUGUAACCCUUCGUCAAGUAUUGGCACUGCACACAACUUCGGACUACACACUCCGUAUCAUAAACUAUCUUCGGUCAAAAGAAUCCUUACCUGAAUGCUUUUCCGACGAGCGCUCGAGUGCCUAUAUGCGAGCCACACAGUCCUUCAUGUAUUUCUCUUAGCAAGUUUUGGCCCUCUGCUUGGGAUAUACGUCGCAACAUCAGUGCACAGACUCCCAUCUUGUACAAGUCAUCUCCCACAAUUUUGUAGUGUUUGGCUCUCUACGCCAUACGCUUCGCCUCGACAUUAUCUUCAGGCUCAUAAUGGCCGCAAAGAUAGGUCAUUAUGGGAGAGCACCAAUCUUCGCUCUCGAUUAUAGUGACCGAGCGCGCCUUCUACAAAGGGGCCUCGACAGCUGGCACCUUCAAUUUUUGAUAAAACACAUCUGGCGGUAUUGGCAGAUUUUGAAUCGCGGCCUUUGCGAGGCCAUCGGCCUCAAAGUUGUCAUUUUUUGAUAUGCUCUUGACUGUAAAUCAUAGGAAAUGUUUUUC